AUGCGUGAGCUUCAUCUGAAUGGGUCACCCGGAACGACAAUGACAUCAGCAAACCCAUCUGCCACCCAUGAAUCAACUCCUGCGACUUCCUCAUCGGCCCCGGCUGAGUUGAGCGCGAGUGCGAGUGCGAGCGCGAGUACAACUCCGGAGUCACAAUCUACCCAGUCGCGUUGGACCAAGUCACAACAACCCUUGAGGAAAGGGAGAACCGAUAAUAAACAAACGAAGCGUGAUCCGGAGCGGACGAAUGUGAAAGGCAGAAAGACCGAUAAACCAAAAGCCACCCCAAAGACCCAGGAGAAAGCCGAACCGUGGCGGACUCAAAAGGAUGCCCUGGAGAAAAAGUUCCCGCAAGGCUGGAACCCUCCCAAGAGGCUCUCGCCCGAUGCGCUUGAAGGGAUUCGUCAUCUACACGCAACCGCUCCCGAGCAGUUCACGACUUCCGUCCUGGCAGAGGAAUUCAAAGUCUCCCCGGAGGCUAUUCGCCGCAUAUUGAAGAGUCGGUGGAGACCGUCCGAGACUGAGGCAGAGGCUCGUCGGAAGCGAUGGGAAAAACGUCACGAAAGGAUUUGGAGUCGAAUGGCCGAGCUGGGUCUGCGGCCCACGACUAAAGCGUCACGUCCAUACUCCGAUGCCAACACACUAUACAAGUCUGGAGAGAGAGGAAUUUAG